CACAGGCCGCAGUGAUUUGGUAGCCGCUGCAGUAGGAGGAAGGACCGCGGUUCUACCCCUUCUAUAUUUCAGUUUCGCCUCGAAAUUUUGUCGGUGGUUCCCUCAGUUAGCGAUCAGUUAAUUGUGUGUACAGUAGCGGUGUUCUAUGAUAACUAAGUCGUAGUAUUACCAACGGACAGUGACAUCAAUCGCCAUUUUAAUUGCACGUUUUCCCUGACAGAACCGCUAGCACAACAAUGGCUCUGAAAAGAAUUCACAAGGAGUUGAACGACUUGGCACGGGACCCACCAGCCCAGUGUUCUGCAGGACCAGUAGGAGACGACAUGUUUCACUGGCAAGCCACAAUAAUGGGACCUAAUGACAGUCCUUACCAGAGCGGGGUUUUCUUCUUGACCAUACACUUCCCCACAGACUACCCCUUCAAACCGCCAAAGGUUGCAUUUACCACAAGAAUCUACCACCCAAAUAUCAACAGCAACGGCAGCAUUUGUCUUGACAUUCUGCGAUCACAGUGGUCUCCAGCUCUCACCAUCUCCAAAGUCCUCCUGUCCAUCUGCUCUCUGCUGUGCGACCCAAACCCGGAUGACCCCUUAGUACCCGAGAUCGCCCGCAUCUACAAGACGGACAGGGAAAAGUACAACAAAAUAGCUCGGGAAUGGACACAAAAGUAUGCAAUGUAGUGUUGGGGUAGAAUCAUGGCCAACCACCUCUACGACAUAAGGUUAGGGGAGCUACAGACGUAAAGAGAAAACAAACAAAAAACCAUUCAAACAAAUGAAAAGUUUAAAACAA